AAGUGGUAUUUAACUAAUUGCGUUUCAUUGAAAAAUGUAACCUGUAUUAAAUAUCACGUCAUAGUUUAUUGAUAACAUUCACAAGUGAAAUUAUUUCACUUUAAUUUUGAGAGUAAAUUAUUUCUAUACUUGUCUUUAAAUUGAGGUUUUACACAAUGGAAUUCUCGGAAGAUUUGAUGGAUAAAUUUGUGACGAAAAUCGACUUAUUGGUAGCUGAGCGUUUUUCCGGUGCUAAAACUGAUGAAGAUUUUGUAAGAGCCGCUUUAAAACUGCACGUUGAACGACAUGAUGCAUUGCCAAAUUUAAGAGACUUAAAAAAACCUAAAUGUGAUGUAAAAGCUAAGUGGAUGUUGGAUAAAGCAAAACAAGGUUUUUCAAGUAUGUCAUUAGGAAAAACAGUCGAAGUUUAUAAUACUGCAAUGAGUCUAGCACUGCCUGGAUCGAAGUUAUUAGCACAUGCUUUCGCAAAUCGUUCAAUAGUUUUAUCGAAUGCGGCAAUGUAUGGAGAAUCUUUAAAAGACAUAGAGCAUGCUCUCAAAGCUAAUUAUCCAGAUAACAUGAAGGCUUCGUUGUUCGCUCGGAAAGCCAAAAAUUUACUUGCUUUAAACCCAACAGCAGACAUUGAAGAUACUUUAAAUGAAGCUAGACAAUGGGCAUUGAAAAUGAACGACAAGGAAAAAAAUAAGCUUUUGGACAAUCUUGAUAAGUUAAAAACAAAAAAAUAUAAAAAACCAGUUAAAGAACGUGAUAAUCGAAUGUUUGUGCCAUCUCCUCCGAACGAUAAUCCAAUAAUCAAAGAUACUUCAGCUGCUAUUACUAUUAACUAUUCUGAAAAAUUCGGACGUCAUAUCGUAGCUACUAGAGACAUGAUGGCGGGUGAAGUAGUUUCUGUUAAACGAGCUUACGCCUUAGUACUUUCAAGUGAAUACAGAUUCAAACUUUGUUGGAACUGUUCAAAGCAUUGUUGGUCAUCUGUUCCCUGCAAUAAAUGUUCAAACGUUAUUUAUUGCAGUGAAGAGUGUCGGAAUGUUGCCUGGAAAGAUUACCAUGACAUAGAAUGUUCUAUUUUACACGGUUUACUGUCCUCAGUUCAUGAUUAUGAAGAUAUAAUUCUUAUGAGCUUGAGAUUAUUUAUUAAAGCUAUCAAAGAAUUCGGAACAGUAAAAGCGUUGUAUGAAAGUGUUCAAAAGAUUGAUUCAACAGAAGAUUCUAUUAUGAAAAGUUUCACUAAUGGUAUUUACGAUGACAAGAAAUACGCAAGUGUUUACCCAUUAUGUCGGAGGCCGAUGAAUACGCGAAUCAAAGUUCAAUGUGCCGGCAAAGCUUUACAAUACAUGUAUUUCAUGGCUUUGACGAGCGAUGUUUUUGGGAAAAAAAUGAAGAACAUGGAUGAAUUAGGAAACUAUGAAUAUGCUGUUUUUGUUGGAAAAUUACUUUACUAUCAUACUGUGUUAAGUAAUACUAACGGAUACGCGAUUCAUGUACCAAGUACUAACAAAUUACUAAAGUGUGGUGGACUGUUAAAUCCGCUAGAGUCGUUGUACAAUCACAGUUGUGACCCUAAUAUGAGUUACUUUGUGUGUCUUGAUAUGGCUACAUUCAUAACGCUGCAACCUAUAAAAAAAGGUGAACAGUUGUUUAUUUCUUACGGACAAGAAUUUCAUGACAUGACAACUUCGAAGCGAAGAGAAGAAUUACAAAAUGAAAGAAGCUAUUGGUGCGAUUGUCACGCUUGCAUCAAUAAUUGGAAUCCGGAACAUGUUUUUCCAUCAGCUUUGAAUAAAUUACCGAAAAAAGUCGCCAAAAAAAUUUCAGCGUUUUUCUUGGACUGCGCUGUCCAAAUUCUAAAACAAAAUUCUCAAGACUAUGACACUAUAUCUCCUGAAGAAAUUAAGAAGCUAAUGUCGUGUAUAUUUAAAAUAAUUAAUCUAAUAGGACGAUACGAUAUAUAUCCUUGUGAAGAAAUAUCAGUGGGAAAAUGUUUUCUGUAUGACAUUAUCAGAUGGAUCGAGAGUUACCAAUCACCGAUUGAUUUGUAAAAAUCCGUUUUUUAAUAUUAAGAGUCAUUUUAAAUGACAUUAAAUAUAAUAGUUUUAUUAUUUUUAUGAAACUACUUAGUUAAGAUUCUUAACUUGAGAAGAGUUUAUUACUCAGAUGCAUAUUAAUUAUUUUACAGUUAAUCGAUUCUUCACAUAACUAAUUGAUUUAGUUAUUCUUAUGACUAUUAGAUAUUUUCAUUACUCAAGCGUAAUUAUCUAGCUUCCUUUUUAAACCUCAAUAUGUUUAAUAAAACU